AUGAGACCUCCUCGAGUCGGAUCUCGACUUGACCAAGCCAGCGGACCACGCGAUAUUAAAAACGCGCCUCCCCCACGUGUAAAUCAGUCGACGAGUCCGACUGGUCUACCUAGAGAUCCCCCUUUGACUGCAUAUGGAGAGACCCAGGCGGAGGAACUAUGCCAGUACUUCUUGUCUUUCCCAGAGGAAGAUCGCCCAACCGCCAUAUUCUCGUCGCCUUAUUAUCGCUGUCUUCAGACGUCCAAGCCCCUGGCGCAGGCUUUGGGCAUCCCGAUCUACGUUGAACAUGGUCUCGCAGAGUGGUAUUCCCCUGUCGCUCCGGGUACAGGUCUCCAUCCACGCCCCGGACCCACCGAGUCUCUAAAGACCUAUUUCCCGGAGGUUGACCCCAGUUGGACCAGCAUAUAUUACCCCACCCGGAAGGGCGAAUCCGUCGAGGAGCUGCACGAGCGUGUCGACACCUUCACGAGCGCAUUCAUCCCCACCAUCAUGAAGCGACUGCCGUACGAACACCGGCGACGCGUGCUCCUCGUCACCCACGCUGCCACGACCAUCGCCCUUGUGCGCAGCUUCGUGGGCGACCGUAACUUGCACAUGAAGGUCGGCUGCUGCUCUCUCACCGAGCUUCAGAGGAAAUCGCCUGAAGAGGGCGUCUCUGACAAGCAAGUGCUGGGUGGGUGGAAGCCCCUUGCUCUUGUCAGCGGGCUCCAUUUAUCAGGCGGCUCCUCAAGGGAGUGGGGCUUUGAGGACAUCGAGGUCGAGAAAGGAAGAGUCGUUGAAGAUCCAGGUGUCUCCGGAUCGGAGUACGAAGAGGACGCUCCUGUCGGUCUUCAAAACCAUCUCAUCAGCAACCUUUGA